AUGGGGCGAUAUAUCCUCGGACUUGAAGGAAGUGCCAAUAAGAUUGGAGUUGCCGUAGUCACGGACGAGGGAAAGAUUCUUUCUAAUGUUCGCGAAACCUAUGUGCCGCCAGCAGGUCACGGUUUUCUUCCGAAACAAACCGCACUGCAUCAUCAGAAGAAGGUUGUUCCUCUGGUCACUCGCGCUUUGAAGGAAUCUGAUGUAAGGCCAAGAGAUCUCCAUUGUAUUGGGUACACAAUGGGCCCAGGUAUGGGCGCUCCUCUUCGUUCUGUGGCAGUCGCUGCCCGCACUCUGUCGCUAUUAUGGCAAGUUCCUUUAGUGCCUGUGAACCACUGCGUCGCCCAUAUCGAAAUGGGGAGAUUAGUUACUGGAUCACAGAAUCCGGUAGUGCUAUACGUUUCCGGUGGUAACACGCAAGUGAUAGCUUACGCGCACAAGAGAUAUCGUAUUUUCGGAGAAACAAUUGAUAUCGCAGUUGGAAACUGCCUGGACCGCUUCGCUCGAGUUGUCGGGCUGCCGAACAAUCCGUCUCCCGGCUACAAUAUCGAACAAGCUGCGAAAAGAAAUGGCGUCGAUCAUCGAAAGAUGAUGGAGCUUCCGUAUGUGGUAAAGGGAAUGGACGUAUCUUUCUCCGGGCUCCUUUCGUUUAUUGAAACGGAGGCUCGGAAGGCGCUGAAGGACGGAUCCUUCACAGUGGAAGACCUAUGUUUUAGCCUGCAAGAGACCGUGUUUGCAAUGCUAGUUGAAGUCACGGAACGUGCCAUGGCUCACUGCGGGCAAAGCGAUGUUCUUGUCGUCGGUGGUGUUGGUUGUAAUGUUAGACUUCAAGAAAUGAUACAGGAAAUGGCAACGGAACGUGGCGGUCGCGCGUUUUGCACCGACGAACGUUUUUGCAUAGACAAUGGGGCAAUGAUAGCAUGGACUGCAUUGCUAAUGCAACGUAGCGGCAGGGGCGCUAUUCCAGUUGAGAGAGCUAUGUGCACCCAACGAUAUAGAACUGACGACGUACUUGUUGACUGGCGAGAUGACUGA